AACGGCCGGCCGGCCCAGGCGCCGGCAGCGGGCAGCCACCGCCCUCCCGCCUCGGCCGCUGGGCGGGUGGCGGCGCGACUCCGCCCCGCUGCGGGGUUGGCAGAGGCGGCUCCGUUCGACGCCGUGACGCCGGCGGCGCUGGAACACCUGGAGGGGUGGCGGCGGUGCCUCCGGCUCGGCCCUGCCCUCCGCUCCUCGGCCGCGGGCAAGUGUCUGAAGAAAAUAAGAAAGAUGGAUGGUCACAAGUACAAUUACCCAAGGGAAUUUUAUGAUCAAUAUGCUCAAAGCCAAGAAAAAUCUGUAGUUAAUAAAAUGCAACAGAAAUACUGGAAAACAAAGCAAACCCUUAUAAAAGUCACAGGAAAAAAAGAAGAUGAACAUGUUGUGGCUUCAGAUGCAGAUCUGGAUGCAAAACUAGAGCUGUUCCAUUCAAUUCAGAGAACAUGUAUGGAGCUGUUGAAAGCAAUAGAACUUUAUCAAAAAAGGAUUUGUUUUCUGUCUCAGGAAGAAAAUGAAUUGGGGAAAUUUCUUCGAUCACAGGGUUCUCAGGAUAAAACGAGAGCAGGAAAAAUGAUGCAAGCAACUGGAAAGGCCCUCUGCUUUUCUUCUCAGCAAAGAUUAGCACUGCGUGCUCCUUUGACUAGGUUAUAUCAAGAAGUGGAGACUUUCAGAUAUAGGGCCAUAUCAGACACGUGGCUGACAGUAAAUCGCAUGGAACAGUAUCGAACUGAGUACAGAGGAGCUCUGCUUUGGAUGAAAGAUGUGUCUCAAGAGCUGGAUCCAGAUCUUUAUAAGCAGAUGGAAAAGUUCAGGAAGGUUCAAGCUCAAGUGCGACAUGCAAAACUCAACUUUGACAAACUGAAGACUGAUGUCUGUCAAAAAGUUGACCUUUUGGGAGCAAGCAGAUGCAACCUUCUUUCUCAUGUAUUAACAACAUAUCAGACAACACUUCUUCAUUUUUGGGAAAAAACUUCGCACACAAUGGCAGCUAUCCAUGAAAGUUUCAAAGGUUAUCAGCCGUAUGAAUUCACUAUGCUAAAGAGUUUGCAAGAUCCUGUGAAUAAACUAAGAGAAACAACAGAAAAGGAGGACCCGCAGACUGAGAGCACCAAAUCAGAAGAUCAGCAGAGUCAGUUGAUUUCAUUAGAUGAGGAGAAUCAUACAAAGGAACCAGACUAUUCAGCUCAUGAUGGCAAGGAUUCCCUAUCCAAGUUACAAAGAAAUUGUAACCACAAACAGAACUCAGGUGCUGUAGAUGACUUAUUAGACCUGCAACCUGAAGAAAAUGCAUCAAAGGAACAGUUUGCAAAGUCCUUGGAAACUAGGGAUAAAGAUGACUUGGUAUUACUGAAUGAUAUCCUCAAUACUUCCUCCCUGGAAGAGGGAGAGUUCAGCAAAGAAUGGACAGCUGUUUUUGGACAGGAUGCACUUACUGAUCUUGCCAUGAACUCUUCAGCUGGAGAUGGGGAUAACACUUCAGCUGUGGCAUCGACUCCAUCAGGCUAUUUGCCUUCUCAACUGUUAGACCAAAAUAUGAAUGACUUGCAGUCAUCUUUACAUGGGUGGGCAGCUAACAGUGGGAGCCCCCUGUCUAUACCACAGCCAGCACAGAAACCGAACAGCCUGAAUGUGAACGCUAACAAGACGCCAGUGAAAGGUGAACCUACAAGGAAUCCUAAAGACUUGACUGCCUGGUUCAGUAUCUUUGCUGACCUUGACCCGUUAUCCAAUCCUGACGCUGUUGGGAAAACUGAUAAAGAACAUGAAUUGCUUAAUGCAUGAGUCAGCUGCCUAUGAAUUUGCACCUGUUUGCAGAAGUUUCUUGCAACUGAUGAUUUACCAUGCCUUCAAAACAUUCAUAUUUCUGUUCAGAGUAUUUUUCAUCAAAUUUAUUUCUGAAGCAUGUGUUACUUUGAGCUUGUUGUGACGUUAUCUCUUUAAUAAAACGAUUUUCACAAGAAAGACCUUUUACUCCCAGUGUUGGUUGAGUUG